UCUCUCUCUAGAAGUGUAGGUAUAUAUGGGGCACGCCUUAUAUAAUUCCAUGAAAAGAAAGUCUCCAUUUUGCUUCUGCAAUGGAAAGCUUAAGUUUUUAUGUUGGAGUGACAGGCAACAUUAUCUCUGUUCUACUCUAUCUUUCUCCACUAGGAACAUUUAGGAGGAUUGUGAAGCAUAGAUCAACAGAGGAGUUUGAGAGCUUUCCAUACAUUUCCACAUUGCUAAGCUCAACCCUGUGGACUUACUAUGGAAUCACAAAGCCAGGGAGUUAUCUUGUGGCCACUGUAAAUGGUUUUGGCGCUGUCGUCCAAGUUAUAUAUUUGUCAUUGUUCUUAGCAUUUGCACCUCCAAGAAUUAAGGCUAAGACUGCGAUAUUAGCCGGGAUUUUGGAUGUGGGAUUCGCGGUUGCAGCAAUUCUAGUGACUCAUUUCGCAGCGCCGGGAGAUCUGAGGAUUGAUGUGAUUGGUUUCCUGUGUGCGAGUUUAAAUAUAGUCAUGUAUGGCUCACCUCUUGCUGCCAUGAAAACAGUGGUAACGACUAAAAGCGUGGAGUACAUGCCAUUCUUUCUCUCGUUAUUCAUGUUCCUGAACGGAGGGAUUUGGACUUUCUAUGCUGUCCUUGUUCAAGACUGGUUCCUUGGAGUACCGAAUGCCGCUGGAUUUCUUUUUGGAACAAUUCAACUGGUGCUCUACGCGAUUUACAGACGAUCAAAGGGGUCCGAACAAGUCUCAAAUGAUCUAGAGGAUGCUUGGCAACAUGAGCAACUCCUUCCCUCUUCUAGUCCAAAUGUUUCAUAAUA